UUCACGUGUGGUGGUAGCUGAUUAAUUAAUUAAUUAAUACAUAAUUUAAUAAAAAUGUGCAGUGGAAUGGUUUGUGGUGUUACGACGCUGGUGUUAGGGGCAGCUCUAGUGAUAGCCAGCAGCAUUGUUGGGUUUUUGGUCAUACCCGGUAUCGUAGAAAAUGGUAUUAUUAACGAGGUGAUACUGCUGAACGACACAGAACAGCUCGAGAGGUUCAAGCAACUGCCCAUGCCUCUGAGCUUCAGCAUCAGGCUGUUCAACAUCAGCAACGCCGAGGAGGUUCUCGAAGGAGCUGUGCCGGAGUUGACAGAAGUGGGGCCGUAUACUUAUAAGAUGUAUCAUGGCAGAGAGGUGGAAGGCAUGGAGGAGGAUCUGCUGCGCUACAGAUUGCUGAGCCGAUUCGAAUUCGAUCCUGAAGCCUCGUACCCGUACUCCGAGGACGACUUGGUGCACGUCACCAACAUUGCAUACCACGGUGUUCUUCAAGCGGCGAGCGAGCUGGUGCCCGGGCUAAUGCCGCUUCUCAACCUGGCUAUGGACGGGAUCUUCGGCGACCGGAACGCUCCGAUCGCGGCGAUCAGAGUGGGGGAUCUCCUCUUCGAUGGCAUCAAGCUGUGCGAGGGUCCUGGCAUCGUUGGAGGCCUCGCGUGCGGCAUCAUCAGGGAUCUUAGCGAGAGCAUACAAAACAUGGCCGUGCAAGAAGACAACUCUAUAGAAUUCUCCGUGAUGGGUUAUCGAAACAAUAAACCCGGCAGUCUGCUGGAAGUGGCCAGAGGCAUUGAAGACCACUUCAACCUAGGGCGGAUUACGGCUCUCAACGGCCUGCCCGAGCUGCUUUACUGGGCGGGCGCCGACGUCAACAUGACGGGCAGCCCCACGGUAUGCAACAUGAUCAACGGGACCGACUCCGGCAUAUUCCACCCUUUCAUCGACACCGAGGAGCCGCUCUACGCACUAAACACAGACAUAUGCAGGUCCGUGGAACUCCGUUACCAGUACGACGUGGAGUACCAAGGAGUGCCGGCUGUGAGGUACUCUGCUAACGAGUGGUACCUGAACAACGAUGAUGGCUGCUUCUGCUUGAACAGGACUGAGGGUGUGACCCGUGAGAACGGCUGCCUGCUGCAGGGGGCCAUGGAGAUGUACAGCUGUGUGGGUGCUUUCAUGGUUAUGUCGUACCCCCACUUCUUGUAUGCUGAUAUGAGGUACAGAAACGGAGUUCUAGGACUGAAUCCAAUUGAAGAAGACCACAGAAUAUUCCUUGAUUUGGAGCCAAAUACCGGAACUGUGGUGCGAGGGGCCAAAAGGGGUCAGUUCAACGUGUUCAUGCGGCCCAUCGCCGGGAUCCCUGCCACGCAAAAUCUACGAACAACGCUAACACCACUGCUUUGGAUUGAAGAGGGUAUCCAACUGACGGAAGAGUUCACCGACCGGCUGUCCUCUGAUCUGCUGUCAACGCUGAGCCUGGUGAACAUCCUGGUGCCGGUGGCGGUGGCCCUCAGCGCCGCGGUCCUGCUGACCGGAAUCACCAUCAUCGCUUGCGUGUGUUGCAAGAGCAAAAAAGCCUGACUGAAUAAACCAUUGUAGAUUUUU